CUUCCCUGAUUAAUAAAAAUAUCAAGACUUAACAUACAGUUCAAAUGCCAGUUUCACAGUGAUUCAACCAUUAUUUCAACCCAGAUCACUGGAAGUCAGAGCUCGUAAUCACCACAGAUUGUUGUUUUUAUCCCCUCUAUUCAACCAACUUCAAACAAGUAUCCAGAAUAUAUGAUCUGUUAGUGCAAUUGUUUAAACAAGUCUUUUGUGGCAGUGGGAACUCUGGUGGCUUAGUGGCCAAGUGCUACAGCUGCUAACCAAAAGGUCGGUAGUUUGAAUCCACCAGGCACUCUUUGGAAACUAUGGGGCAGUUCUACUCUGUCCUAUAGGGUCGCUAUGAGUUGGAAUCAACUUGAUGGCAAUAGGUUAAUGGGGGUAAAAAACUUCCUUCUCUGCACCAAAAGCCAUAUAGGUAAAGAAGUAGGAUGAUAUUUUAGUGAAAUGGAAAUUUUUACAUUAUUUAAAAGGUUAAAGAUAAAAAUGAAGAUAAACAAAAUAGUAAUUUAAGGUGAAAGAAAGAAAAAGCUAAAGCAGUACUGUAAGGUACCAUGCACAAUUUUGCUGAAAUUUUGGUUUUUCAGCAAAUGGAAAGAAAGAAAGUUGGAAAACUGAAGAUGAUAAAGAAUAUUAGGGGAAGUUUCAAGAGGUUCUAAGAGGAACUGGCAGCAGGAACACUCUGCCAAUGGGAGGGACAUAUCUCUCUUUACAAGACAGACAAGUGACUAGAAAGGUAAUUUGAAGAAGAAUAAGAAUUUAACAGAAAAUGAGAAGCAGAUCCAGUGUGGGGUAAAUGCAUGAAGUAAGGAGACUUACUUACGUUACUUGCUCAGCUUAAGUAAGUAAAGUCAAAAUGAUUUUAAUAUUGUAUUUUAUAGUGGUAGAAAAUAAGGUAAUUUUGACAUUAUUAUGCAUACAGUACUAAUUCUAGGAAGGAGAUUAUUUUUCCCAGUAUUGUCUAUAGGGAGCCCUGGUAGCAUAGUGUUUAAGAGCUCAGCUGCUAACCAAAAGUUUGGCAGUCAAAAUCCAGUAGCUGCUCCUUGGAAACCCUAUGGACAGUUCUACUUUGUCCUAUGGGUUUGAUUUUAGGUUUUAUUGUCCAUAGCUUCAAAACAAGAAUGCAAAAUUGGAAAAGCUUCUAAAAUAUUUUGUUCCAAUUAUCCAGUAUAAUUACAUUAUCUCCAAAGUUCCUUUCAAAAGCCAACUAUAUCAAUAUAACAUAUAUGUAUAUUAAAAACAAAAAACCUUGCCAUAGAGUCAACUCUGAAUCAUGGUGAUUCCACGUGUGUUAGAGUAGAAUUGUGCUCCACAGGAUUUUCAAUGGCUGAUUUUUUGAAAGAAGAUCACAGACUUUCUUCUGAGACACCUCUGGUUUGAUGCAAACAUGCAAACAUUUGGUUAGCAACAUGCAUGUUAACCAUUUGUCACCCAAGGACUCCAUCAAUAUUUCUAUUUUAUCAUGAGAAAAUUACAUACUCACACAGAAAUAUUUCUACAUAUGUGUGUUGUUUAUGACAAAGUGGUCGUGACUUUCACUUCACUCUUACAGUAGGAAUAGGAAUAUUAUGGGGACUACCGAAGCAAUACAAAAUUGACAUUCCAAAAUAUUAGGAACAUCAGUAGGGAUUAGAAUUAGGAAGGGGGCAAGAAAAAAAAAUCAAUUGAAAGCUAUCUUCUCAUAAUUUAAGUCUUCGUGUGUUCACGGCUUCUCUCAUUGCCUCCCAUGUAUAGCUGCCUCACCGAGAGAUGCUCAAUUCCACCAUGAUGAUCGAAUUUCUCCUGAUGGGGUUUUCUGAUGAAUGGGAACUACGGGUUUUGCAUGCUGUAUCCUUCUCUCUCAUGUAUUUUGUGACUCUCAUUGGGAAUUUUCUCAUUGUUAUUGUCACCACCCUGGACAAGAGCCUUCACACCCCCAUGUACUUCUUCCUCAGGAAUCUGUCCAUCUUGGAUGCAUGUUACAUUUCCGUAACAGUCCCUAAUUCAUGUGUCAACAACCUGCUUGACAGCAGUGUCAUUUCAAAGGCAGGAUGUGUAGCUCAGGUUUUCCUAGUGGUUUUCUUUGUAUAUGUGGAGCUGCUGUUCCUCACCUUCAUGGCCCAUGACCGCUAUGUGGCCAUCUGCCAGCCUCUCCACUACCCCGUGAUCAUGAACCCUCGAGUCUGUGUCCAGAUGACGCUGGCUUCCAUCCUCAGUGGUCUGGUCUACUCAGGAUUCCAAACAGGCAUCACCUUCAGGCUGCCAUUUUGUCAUUCCAAUGUUAUUCAUCAGUUUUUCUGUGACAUCCCCUCUCUGCUGAAGCUCUCCUGUUCUGACACGUUUGGUACUGAGAUGAUGAUCUUUGCCUCUGGUCUGGGGAGUGGUGGAAGCUGUUUCAUCUUCAUCAUCAGGUCUUACAUUCACAUAUUUUCUACUGUGCUCAAGUUCCCAAGUGGAAACAACAGAGCAAAGGCCUUUUCCACCUGCAUGCCUCAUAUCCUUGUGGUGUCAGUCUUCCUCACUUCAGGCUUCUAUGUGUACCUAAGGCCAUCUAGAAUCUCUGCAACCCGCUGGGAUAUGAUCCUUUCUGUAUUCUAUUCCAUAAUUCCCCCCCUUUUCAACCCAGUAAUCUAUAGUCUUAGAAAUGAACAAAUAAAAUGUGCCAUCAGGAAAAUCAUGAGAAAAUAUUUUGAUCAGGCAAUUUACAGGAAAUUGCGUAGGUAAACCCUAAGUUUUUAGUUGAAAUUUAUGUUUUCAGCAGUAAAUUGAGAUUAUUGGUUGGAAUUAUAUAGAUGUACUUUAUGUAAAUUUAAUAUAUAAAAUCAUUAAUAUGUAUUGUUUAUCAAAAGCUGAGGGUUUUUAAUGAUUUGAAUUGGCAGUUGAGUAAGAGAUCUAAUGUUAUGAUUAAGAAAGCCCUAGUCAUACGUGUUUGACAAGUCAAAAGUUCCCACUAUUUCAGGCCUGAAAUGUUAUCCUUAACAAUAUUUUAUGUUAAACUUCAUCUUCUGUGUUUAUUGACAGUUAAAAUUUUGAUAAAUCUACGAAGAACACUCAUUUAUUUUGAUAUGCAAC